UAAAUAUAGAAAAGAAGCUAAAGAUUUGGCCUUAUAUAAUAAAGUAAGUUCUAUUGAGCGAAAAACUAAUACAAACAAAAAGAAAAGCAAGUUCAAUGAAGCAAAAAACCGAUUAAAUUAUUCAGAUGAAAGAAAAGAAAGUUCUAUUGAGGAGAAAGACUGA